AGCGGAAGUACCCUCUGCACGUCCAUUAAAAGCAAAAUUAAUGGCUUUUGUAUAAAAUACUGUCAAAUGUAGAAAAACCGCGGACAAAUGAGGGGUUUGCAGUGACAAAUGAUGGUUGAUAUCGAACAAAGAGGCAGCGAGCACCGCGCGUGAGCGGACACCGGAGCUGAUUCUCCGUAUGAAGGGGAGGAGGCUCAACAUGGAGGACUGUUUGCACACUUCCUCUGACAGUCUUGCUAAACUGGUCAAAUGGGCCCACAGUCACGGGACGAUCUGCACCUUGAUCCCCAACCUCAAACACAUGCUGAACGAGGGCUCUCACGGGACCCUCACGGCCCUGUGGGGCUGCAGCGCGGGGCACGCCUACCACUGGCCCCUCAACACCACCUGCAAAAAGACUAACAAGGAACGUAACCUAGAGAGCCGAAGCAUCAACACGGACAGCAUGAUCCAGGCGGUCUCCGUCAUGCAGAACACCUCAGAGCGCUUCCUCGGCAGCGCCGCCAAAAACAAGGGCGACCCCAGUCAGAUCCACGACUCCUGCGACAUCUCCAACUGCAGCGAGCCGUCCGAGAUGGACGACAACGGCGAGGAGUACAACAGCCACCUGUACGACAUCGUCUGCGAGUCCUCGGCCACCGACGAAGACGGCGACUCCGACUUCCAUCACGCCUCAAAUAUCACGCCCAGGAAAAGAUCGGGAGCCGAGGACAGCACUGACCCGGCGUUGAAGAAAAUCAAACAGGAGAGAGGCGAAGACUAUUACAGUGUGGCCAACCCUCAGAUGCCCAGCAGCUCGGAUGUGAAGCUCACCACACAGUCACCCAAACCCAACGUCCACACCACCCCAUCAUCCAGGUCUUCGAUGUCCCAGAAGCCUUCCUCAGUAGACGGGGACUCCAUGAUGGUGUCCUCGUCACCGCUGGACGGCUCCCCUUCGUCUAUGAUCAAACCCCUGCGUGCACCGUUCCACGUGUCCCAGAACAAAAUGCAGGUGAACUCGAACCCAGCUUGCAGUCAGAGUUUGGCCAGCCUGCCCCAUUCGGGAAGGAUUGACGCUAUGGGGGUGCUGCACAGGGACGAGUAUCCCAGGCCUUCCUUGUCUUACGGAGAGGCUUCUGUGGGGGUGAACCCUGAGAUGGAUCUUCUAGCAGCACAAACACUUAAUACAGAAGCUCGAGCGGACAACUCAGCAGAUAUGGAUGAAAGAGCAUACCGAGAACAGAACGAGAAGACCAUUCGCAGCACCCAAACAGCUCUUCGCAACUUUCGGGACUUCCUGGUUUCUAAGUAUCCCAACGAGACCAGAGAGAUAUACUUCAUCCCCUGCCAAGAGUUGGACAUCUACUUGGCCUCCUUCUUCGUGGAUGCACGCCAAAGGGAUGGCUCGGAGUAUGAGCCCAACAGCCUGGCCAACUACCAAUGUGGACUGGAGCGUUAUCUGAAGGAGCAUCACUACGCCUACAGCAUUACAAGAGACCAGGAGUUCCAGAGAUCCCAGGAUGCCCUCAAGCAAAAGCAGCUGGAGCUCAAGUUCAAAGGCAAAGGCAACAAACCCCACAAGUCAAUGAAGCUGACCUUUGCUGAUGAAUUGCUUCUAAGGAAACGGGGGCUUCUGAGUCGCUUCAACCCUGAGGGUCUGCUUAACCUGGUGUGGCUCAACAACACCAAGGCUUUUGGCCACUGUACAGGCUUCCAUAGCUCCACGCUCAAAUGGGGAGAUGUGCGUUUGCUCACCACAGAAACAGGACUAGAGUGUCUGGAGUGGACCUACCAGGAUUUUACUGACCCUAAUGCCAGAAACCGAAGGUCCACAACCGAGUGCCACAUCUACGCUACCCCGCAUGCUCCUCAAACCUGCCCUGUGCAGGACUACAAGGAAUACGCUCAGCGCAGACCUCAAGCAAUGCUCUUUGAAGAUGCCCCCUUUUAUCUCUCCAUCAAGCCUGUGGUCAACCUCGCCGCCCUGCAUUGGUACAACUGCCAAGCUCUGGGAAAGAACAAGUUAGCAAAGAUGGUGAAGACCAUGUGUGAGAAAGGCAACAUUCCAGGGAGAAAGACCAAUUUCAGUGUUUACCAAAGUUGCAGCUCCUUGUCCGAGGCCCAGAGCAAUCAGCUAGUCCUGAUCUGCAAUGACCUCAGGCAACAAGCCGUCCAGUCAGGGAGUUCCCAUCCUGGCAGCACCAACUUUGUCAUUACUGGUUCUUUUGACUCUACUGACUCUGCUUAAAGCUGAAGUGUCACUUUUGAGCCACUAGUAGCAUCAAACCGAUCUGCUGUUUCCAAGCAAGUUUCCCAAACACUUCUUCUGUCUUCCAUUUUUUGGACAAGCAGGUAGUCCCGACCCAAAUGCAUGGCAUUCGGUGAACAAGAAGUUGAUGUUUUGGACAGCUUAAACCAAUCAGCCAAGGUUCGGGUGAUUAGGGAGGUUCAGUUAGCCACUGUUGACAGAUGCCUACACCAGGAGUUAACCAACUUGAUAACCUUAUAUUUGCCAAGUGACAAUUUGGAGGGCUCUUCAAGCCUCUAAUGAACAUAUAUUUCUCCCCAGUCUGCUGCCUUUUGUGUCACUCAGGAUAGUCGCUUGUGAAGGGCUUGGGACUAUGCAUGUUUUCGUGGUGCCAUCAGCCAAUCAGUGUUGUCAGCAUGUCUCAGUGUAAUUUUGCAGGGGCUCCAGAGUUAUUAGUCACAUGGCAUUCCCAGCUCAAAUGAUUGGAUCAGAAAAAAAGUCUGUGUCCAUGCUCAAAGAAAGUGGAUUCUUACAGAGGUCUUGCGCCAGCUGAGCAACUGCCUUUUGGAUAAAUGGGAAUGCUAAUGGAUAUCUCUUUUUUUAUAUAUGGCUUGAAUAAACCAAGAAAGGGCCACAGAGUCACUGUGUUUACACUCCUAAGUUAGUCUACAAAUGGCUGCAUGGUACGGGAGGAAGUAAUUUAUCGUAAGAAAACAUAUGGCAGCUUUAAAUUCAGUUGUAUGACUGACAUAGGCCAUCAUGUUUCACGUCUCAAUGCUCUUUAAGGUAAGUCUUAAUUGUUGUUUCUGUGUAUGAAACUAUGUUGUCUUUUUGUCUUGAUUAUAUUGUAACUACACUUGUCUUCUGUGCAAUGCAAAAUGUUCUCUAUCCAGUGCAGUAUUAAGUCAUCUUAAGGCAUUUGGAUGCUAAUUUUGUGUUAUGGUAUUUUUACUACGUAUGGCAACAAUUGCGAGUUUGACGUUGAAGCUAAUAUGUCGGUCCAGUUAUUCCAUAUAUGUUGUAAACUUAUGAAUGUAGUGGAACUACUCCUGCUAUUACUCGUAUAUAUUCCCGUUUUGGAAAUGUUCUGGUUUAAUGUAGAUGUUCUCUUCAAUAGUGAGCACUUAUCAGAAAUGGGUCAUUGUUAGAUACUGUGUGUGUUAGCUAUGUUACAGUUAUGUGCCUGUUCAACAUAUGUGCCUGAUAUUAUAUAAUUUAUUCUAGAACAUACACAACAAGGAUUAUUUAAGGUUACAAAAACAAACAAAAUGGUUAAUACUACCAUAAAUAAAGCAACCCUGUGAUCCGAAUAAAGUCAGAUUUUUUUUCUUUCGGGUUUUAAUCUGACACGGCUUAGUUUUAGAACUAAGAUUUUUGUGGACCACAUAAUUCUACUUGACAUCCAUAACAUGUUUAACUACUUAGUUACACAUUUAGUUGCAAAUGUAAAAUAUUGCAAAUUAUUUUGCUUUAUUAUUGACCCGUGCCUUUGGAAUG